AUGACGCUUUACUUCGAAAAUCCUGAUCAUCAAGGUCACCAAGUUGGCCCUGAUGAUCCUCAGAUCACAGAAGCUGUAGUGAACAUCGAUAGGUUAAUAGGAAGAAUCAUCGAUGGGUUAGAGAAAAGAGAGAAAGUCGUUGUUCUUGAUGAUUUAGCUUCUUGGAUCGAAAUCCCUAGCAGCUGGGUUCAGUAUUACACUCCGUUGCUAGCGAUUAAACCGCCUUCGAAUGGAAACGCAGCGGAUAUGCUGCAUUAUGUGGAGAAUGAUCGGAUCCCUCCUAUUAUAGGAUUGGUCGAUGAGGGUUUUAAAGUGGAGCAGAAGAAGAGUGAAGCCAAAGAAUGUGGUGGAGCUCAUGGGUACGACAAUGCCUUCUUCUCGAUGAGAACUAUAUUUAUAGGGCAUGGUCCGAUGUUCUUGGAGGGAAAGAAAGUGGCUUCUUUUGAGAAUGUUGAGAUAUACAAUGUGAUCAGUUUGAUUCUAGGGCUUAAGGCUGCUCCUAACAAUGCGUUCCGGUACCCACAAAACGUAAGAACAGAUUGUCUCGAAAAAAUAACAAAUUCUGCAGUCUAUUAA